AUGGUGACUGCCGAGGGCUACAGGUCACUCACCACCCAGCUAUUUCCACGUGCUGAUCCUCACCUCACAGAUGACACGGUGUUUGCGGUCAAAGAAGAUCUAAUUCUGGAUUUCACGCCUUCAGAUGACCCCAAGGCUUCCCUAGAUCUGAAAUACGACUUCACCCUGACCCCGCUCUCUCCAGGAAACAGUCAAAGCCAGCGUAACGAAUCCCAAAUGGGCAACAAGGUUCGAGUGGGAGCCAUCCAGGCCGAGCCCGUAUGGCUCGACUUACAAGGCGGCGUCAGAAAAGUGACAUCGCUGAUUGAGCAGGCUGCGAAGGAUGGGAUCAAUGUUCUUGGCUUCCCCGAGGUGUUUAUCCCAGGAUACCCAUGGUCUAUUUUCACGGAGCCUACUAUAACGAACACUGAGUUUAUUGCUGAAUAUCAGGCCAACUCGCUCGGCAGAGAAUCAGUAGAAAUGGACAAGAUCCGCUCCUCCGUGAAAAAAGCAGGAAUCUUUGUGGUGCUCGGGUACUCGGAACGGGCUGGCGGAAGUCUAUAUAUUGCUCAGUCGUUCAUUGAUCCCAGUGGGACUAUUGUACUGCAUCGACGGAAGAUCAAACCAACGUAUACAGAGCGGGCAGUCUGGGGUGAGGGCCAGGCCGACAGUCUUACGAAUGUGAUCCAGACUCCGCAUUUUGGCAGGAUUGGGGCCCUCAAUUGUUGGGAGCAUUUCCUACCCUUGCUGCGAUACAACGAAUAUUGUCAAGGAGUUGACAUCCAUGUGGCUAGCUGGCCGCUGUUUUGGGAUAGAUCUAAAGAUCUGCCAGGGUCGUACAAUUCGCAGGCUAGUGCGAACCGUCUCACUGGCCAAUUCAUGGCCAUGGAAGGUACUUGUUUUGUCCUCAUCGCCACACAACUACUCACGGAAGGAAACCGCGAAAGGACAAAACUCUCCGACGUACCAUUCGUCAAAACCCCAGGAGGAGGCUUCGCUAUGAUCUUUGGACCAGACGGGAAACCGCUGGUUCCAGCAUUUGACCCGGGCCAUGAGGGCAUCCUCGCCGCUGAUAUUGACUUGGGGGCUAUCGACUACGCUAAACAGGUGCUUGAUGUUGUAGGACAUUACUCACGACCUGAUCUACUCAGUUUGAAUGUCAACAGGGAACCAGCUAAGCAUGUGCACUACAUUUCGGCCUCAGAAUCGCGCCUCAUACACUCGGUUGAUGAGUCUCACAAGGUUACAACGGAGUGA